GAUUCCUUUCAAAUCUGAUCAUUAGAAUUACUUCAGUGGCUAAAACUUUUCUCAAUCUUGAUUGUUACGUGCGUCGAAAGAUGAAAUUGUUCUUUCUUUUCGUUUUAAUUAUCGGCGUUUCAGCAGACGUGUCUGCUGAACACCAUGCAUCCAAUUUACAAGGAUUUCCCAAUCUCGGGAGCGGAAUCGCUGACAUGAUAAAUGGGAUAAUCAAGAGUCUCUUGGAUUCUUUAAAAAGUGCUAUUCCUGAACCGGUCAACCUACCUAAGCUAAAUAUAUCUUUAUCAUAUGAUAAUAUAGCCAAUGGCAGCUUCGUGAUAGGUGAUCUAGUUGAAAUUGGUGCCAGAAAUUUCAACGCUUCAGUAGUCAAAGCAAACAUCUUGAAAAGUACCUUGAAUGUUGUUUUGGACUUCCCAAGUAUCAAUCUUAAUACCAACUACUUUUCCGAUUUAUUAUUUGGUUCAAUUCUUCCUAUGUAUGGAGAGGGGCCGGCAAACAUUCGUUUGAAGAAUUUGCGAUUAAAUUUGACGUCUCAUUACGACUUCAAAUUGCUUAAAAUGAAACUUCAAAUUAAGAACACAACUCUUCUCCUAACAUUGGAUGAUGCCGUCUUCGAUAUUCACGGUAUGAUCAAUAACGAAGCUUUCAGUAUAUUGUGCAGUCAGAUAUUGGACGAUACCGUCAGUGUAUUCAUCAAUAAACACAACGUGUUGAUAUCCAAGGUUUUGAGUCCUGUAAUAGAAUCCGUGGUGAACAGCGCUCUUUCCGGUGGCGGUAGCAAAAAAGUUUCUGAAACAUUGACCUUCGAGGAAGUUCCAGAAAUGGAUGAAAAUAAAGUCGAGGAGCUGAGGAAAAUGUUCUUCGAGGAACUGAAGAAACAACCGCGAAUUGCUAAAUUUUUGUCGUUUUGAAAUAAAAAAUAAAGAAUGAGCAAUAAUUUACAAUUUA